GGAGGGGUGCGCCGGGCCCCUCGGAGUGGCUUCCAACUCCUGGAUGGCCCACUUUAGUAAGCUGGACGGCGCGGUGAAGGCCGGUAGCUGUGGGGAAGGUCACACAGGCCGGGAGCGGCCCUUCUCCCCCGGGAUGCUACUUGGGGCCAAGAAACCGGGUCACUCUCCUGCUCUAAGAGGGCCGCCCCUUCCCCGGGGCUCAGCGCUGGGCCCCUCCCCAUGGACGGUUAGCUGCCAGCACGAGGGGGCCCGAGGGCCGGGCUGCUGGCCUCGGCUUCCCCCUCCACCCCCACUGCCCACGUCUGCCCCCUUCCUGCGGCAGCUCCCGACCUCGGGGAGCCCUGGGAAGCGGCGGACCAGAGAAGACGGGAACGGGGCUCGAGCUCGGGCACGCAGAGAGGGGUGCUGAGGCCGGCGGGGCUUUCUUCCUAGGCACCGGGGCCGCUGCGCGGGCGCCUCACCUGGCGCCCCACGCUCGGGUGGCCUCCGGAGCCGGCAUCUGGGAGAGGGAGGGAGGGAGGGGGCGGGGCGCCGCGGCGGUUGCGGGCCGGGGCCUGGGCCAGGGGGAGCGGCCCUGAGCAGCGCGCGGGCCCGGAGGCGGCCGCCCCCUCCCCGCAGCUCAGCCCUCCCUCCCCCCGGGCGGCGGGAUUGCGGCGCGGGCCGGGUGGAGAGGGAGACACACACACGCGGGCACACACUCGCGCGCGCACACACACACACAGGCACACACACACACGCGCUCACCCUGUCACACUCACUCACACUGCCGGCGCCACGGCCGCGGACGACGCAGAGGCACCGCGAGGGCGUCCGCGGCGGCGGCGGCGGCGGCGGCUCUGACCUCUGCGGGGCUCCCCCCGCCGCGGCGUGGGGGCGGGGGCGGGGGCGGGGGUGGGCGCGGGGGGCUCCGGCCCGGGCCGGCCCCGCGGGCUGCCCAUGAGCGCGAACACGAUGAUCUUCAUGAUUCUGGGGGCGUCGGUAGUGAUGGCCAUCGCCUGCUUGAUGGACAUGAACGCGCUGCUGGACAGAUUCCACAACUACAUCCUCCCGCACCUUCGGGGCGAGGACCGCGUCUGUCAUUGCAACUGUGGGAGGCACCACGUCCACUACGUGAUCCCCUACGACGGGGACCAGUCCGUGGUGGACUCGUCCGAGAACUACUUUGUGACAGACAACGUGACCAAGCAGGAGAUCGACCUGAUGCUGGGGCUGCUGCUGGGCUUCUGUAUCAGCUGGUUCCUGGUGUGGAUGGACGGUGUCCUGCACUGCGCCGUGCGGGCCUGGAGGGCCAGCCGCCGCUUCGACAACUCCUGGUCGUGGCUCCCCAAAUUCUGUAGUCUGAAGGACUUCCGGAAACGACCCCACCGGCCAUACGAGGAGCCCACAGGAAACAUGGUGCACAUCAAACAGAAGCUUUACCACAACGGCCACCCCAGCCCCCGGCACCUCUGAGCCCCUGCCCUGGCUUGGCUAGGCCCAUGGAGGGCCUCGGGACACACGGACAGCCCAUUGGACCACAGAGUGGACACUGCCCGGUGUCUGUGGCUCUAUUCCGCGGGGGCCCGGGGCCAAGCCCGACGGACCUAGGGCUGGCAGGGCCGCCCCGUGUGGCCCGGCCUGAGCCUGGCCUGGCUGGGCCCCAGCACCGGACCUCUGUACAUAUGUAAGAUGGAUCUUUGCUUCUAAAGCCUCCCUCCCCCGCGGGGGCCGGCCUCCCGCCCCGGAGCCCGGAGGCGCCUCUCUAGGGCCCCUGCCCUGUCCGGGCCCCGGCCCCGGGCGGUCACCCAGAAGGUGCUCUUUUCUCUUUUUCCGGGGCAUAGGGCUGGGGAGGGAAGGCCAGGGACGCCCGGGCAGGGCUGGAGGGGCCGCCUUGCUCGGUGGUGCCUCCGCAGCCUCGGGAGGGGGGAGGGAGGGAAGGAGGCCCCCUCCCGAGCGCUUGGGGCAGCCGGACGGGGCGGCGUGGCUGCUGCUGACCAGAGCCCUGGCAGGGGAGCGUGUGUGCGUGUGUGUGUGAGUGUGCGAGUGUGCGAGGGUGAGCCACCGUGUUUGGCUUUUUAAAUGGACUCGGGGGUGCCAGCUCGGUGGAAGAGGGAGCUGGGAGAGCCCCUACCGUGGCUGCUUCUGCUGCUGGCCAGUCCCUGAGCCCCUCCGGCCUCGGGCCAGGCCCCCCCUUCAUUCUGUUUGUGCUCGGCUGGGCUUGGGGGGAAACGGUCAGGCUGUCUGGGGAGCCGCCUGGGGGGACACUGGCGGGAAGCUGGGGCCGGCCUCUCCCCUGUGUCAUCGCAGGCCGGUUCUCCCGGUGCCUGAAGAGCUCCGCUCCGGUCCCACGAGGAAGGGGAGGCUCCUGGGUAGGUCCGGAGCGGAGCUGCCUCAGGCCCCCGCGGCCUUUCACUGUGAUCACCUCCACCAGCCUGCCCGCCAUGACUUCAUCCCUCCCCCUCCCUGGGCCUGGUUGCCUCAGUCAGUAAAAGUGUUUGGGGCACGUC